AUGAGCCACGAUGGGCCUUUCGGACCUGUUGUCAAUGGGACACAAAUAGUCUUUUUCGAAUACCUGCCCAACAAACCCGCAGCGAUAUCGUUCGUGGCUCUCUUCGGUAUCGUCACAUUAGCUCAUCUGGUGUUUCUCUUCAUCUAUCGGGCCUGGUUCUUCAUCCCCUUUAUUCUCGGCGGAAUCUGCGAAAUAUUUGGCUACUUUGGUCGCGCCCAAGCCCACGACAAUCCGGACAAAGCAGGCCCCUUCAUUCUACAAAAUGUCCUCCUCCUUGCCGGAACACCCUUUCUGGCUGCGACGAUAUACAUGAGCCUUAGACGAAUAGCAACGGCGCUAGACUCUCAACACCUCUCGUUCAUUAGCCUUCGCUGGUUGACGAAGCUAUACGUGCUGAUAGACAUCGGAUGUAUUGUCAGUCAAUUCAUCGGUGCUAUCAUACCUGCUUCGGGAGAUGCCGAUGCCAUUACGAAAGGCCGGACCAUUCUCAUCGCCGGCUUGGUAGUGCAACUUUGCGCACUGAGUAUUUUCAUCCUGACAUCGCUGUAUCUCUACAUGCGAGUCAGGCAAGAAACGGGACCUUUCUUGGACUCGUCUUUGGUUCGUUGGAGACGAUACUUCAGAACUGUCGAGGCUGUCACUACCAUCAUGAUCAUAAGAAGCGUCGUCCGUGCCGUGGAGUAUCUUCAGGGGCCGGACGGUUUUGUCCUUGGCCACGAGGUUUUCAUCUAUCUGUUUGACGCAUCUCUUAUGUUCUUGGUUAUGCUCUUGUUUUUGAUCGUCCAUCCGGGACGACUUGUUAAAAACGGUACAGGCAUGAAAUGGAGGGGACAAGUUCAAGAGCAGGAAGAAGAUCAUGUUCAUCUACAGCCGUACCCUGAAUAUCGUGCUUGA